AAUCGAAAACUCCUGGCUCUCAAACCACCCACCCACCACCCUGACCCCGACCGACCUCGCCGACGCACCCACCGGCUCUCUCUCGCUCGCGUCGGGUUCCGCUCUGCCAAGCGGGGCCACGCUCCAGCCUCAGCGCGCCGCGGGGCCGAAACCCUAGCCGCCGCCGCCGCCGCAAUGUCGCGCCGCGGCCGCGGUGAGGAGGACGAUUCGGAGGACGAGGAGGAGGCGGCGGAGACCUACGAUUCGGAGGAGGAGGAGGAGGAGCGCGGCGGCAAGCGGCCGCGGAGGGCGCGGCGGUCGGGCGUCGAGACCUUCAUCGACGACGCGGCCAGCGAGGACGACGACGACGAGGACGAGGGUGUGGAUGAGGAUGACGACGACGACGAGGACUACGGCGGCGGCGGCGGCAAGGGAAGCAAGAGGAUGAAGCGGGCGUCCAUCCUCAUCGACGACAUGGCGCAGGUCGACGACGACGUCGAGGAGGACGAGGAGGGCGAGUACGAGCCCGGCUUUAUUGAUGACGAUCUGCCCGACAAUCCUGACGAGGGUGUGAGGAACCCUAGGCGCCAUUCUGUUCCUAUGGAGGAGGAGGACGAAGAUGACACGGAUAAGAUUUUAGCGCACCUAGCAGAUAAAUAUGGAAGGCAGCCACAGUUUGAUUAUGCUGACGAGGUUUUCACCGAGGUUGAUCAGCAAGCUCUCCUGCCAUCAGUGAAGGAUCCAAAGCUUUGGAUGGUCAAAUGUGCGAUUGGACAUGAGCGAGAGACAGCCCUUUGUCUAAUGCAAAAAUUCAUUGAUAGGGACGAUCUCCAGAUUAAAUCUGUGAUUGCACUGGAACACCUAAAGAAUUACAUUUAUGUUGAAGCAGAGAAAGAAUCCCAUGUCAAGGAGGCUUGCAAAGGUCUGCGGAACAUCUUUGCUUCAGCAAAAAUAACUCAGGUUCCUACAAAAGAAAUGACUGAUGUUCUCUCUGUCACGACUAAGUCUGUUGAUCUUUCAAGAGAUACAUGGGUCCGGAUCAAGCUUGGUAUAUAUAAAGGGGAUCUUGCUAAGGUUGUCGAUGUUGAUGAUGUGAACCAAAAGGCUAUUGUGAAGGUCAUUCCUAGAAUAGAUUUACAAGCUCUGACAGAUAAAUUGACAAAGAAACUGAAUGGACUUAAGGUUGAGAAGAAGAAGAAGUCAUUUGUUCCACCUCCAAGGUUAUUCAGUGUCGGUGAGGCGAGGGAGAUGAACAUUCCUGUAGAACGGAGGAGACAUAGAGAUUCUGGGGAGUACUUUGAGGUGGUUGAUGGUUUAACAUUUGAAGAUGGUUUUUUGCGCAAAACAGUCUCGAUAAAAGCAAUCAGCACACAUAAUGUCCAGCCAUCACUUGAUGAAUUGGAGAAAUUCAGGAGAGUUGGUGAUGACAUUAAUGAGGAUGUGGCUAGCUUGUCCACACUAUUUUCAAACAGGAAAAAAGGGCAUUUCAUGAAAGGCGAUGCUGUAGUUGUUGUUAAAGGUGAUCUCAAGAACUUAGAGGGCUGUGUGGAGAAAGUUGAGGAUGCUACCGUACACAUCCGACCAAAACAGUCUGGUCUUCCGAAAACUCUUGCCUUCAAUGCAACAGAUCUUUGCAAACAUUUCAAUCCAGGAGACCAUGUAAAAGUUGUUUCCGGUGCUCAACAAGGUGCGACAGGCAUGGUAGUCAAAGUGGAAGGACAUGUCUUGAUCAUUUUAUCCGACACGACCAAAGAGCAUAUCCGCGUAUUUGCAGAUCAUCUUGUGGAGAGUUCUGAGGUCACGACGGGGAUUACCAAAUUUGGUGAUUAUGAAUUGCAUGAUCUUGUCCUUCUUGACAAUUUAUCUUUUGGUGUUAUUUUAAAGGUGGAAAGCGAAGCAUUUCAGGUUCUCAAAGGAGUGCCCGAUAGACCAGAAGUGGUGCUUGUGAAACUGAGAGAAAUAAAAUACAAGAUUGAUCGGCGCACAUCUGCAAAAGAUAAGCCCGGUAACACUGUGUCAACUAAGGAUAUUGUAAGGGUAGUCGAAGGGACAUGUAAGGGAAAGCAAGGACCUGUGCAACAUAUACACAAAGGGAUACUUUUUAUCUAUGACCGCCACCACCUUGAAAAUUCAGGUUUUAUCUGUGCAAAAGCACAAUCCUGUCUCCUUGUUGGGGGAUCUAUUGCCACCAGCACAGGGAUGGGCAUGGAUACAGAAGAUCCACGUCUUGGUGCUUUUAGAUCUCCAGCAAGGAUCUUGCAAUCUCCUGGAGGGCUCCCACCGAGAGGACCUUACAUGAAUUCUGGUGGAAGGUUUGGAGGAGGUGGUCGUGGUGGCAGAGGGCAUAAUGCCUUGGUGAGUAGAUGUAUCAAAAUUAAAUCUGGUCCAUACAAAGGAUAUCGUGGCCGUGUUAAAGAAGUGAAUGGUGCCCUUGUGCGUGUGGAGCUUGAUUCACUUAUGAAGAUUGUUACAGUUAAGAGAGAUGAUAUCGCUGAACCAGCAAAUGUUGAAACACCAGUCCGCAGUGAAUCUCGUUAUUCAUUGGGCAGUGAAACACCUAUGCACCCAUCACGAACGCCAUUGUAUCCUAUUCAAACUCCAAUGCGAGAACCUGGAGCUACACCAAUGCGUGAUGUACUGCAAACUCCUAUGCAUAAUCAAGCCUGGGCACCAAUGAGUCCACGUAACGAAGCUUGGGCACCAAUGAGUCCACGUAAUGAAUCCUGGGCACCAAUGAGUCCACCAAGGGAUAACCAGGAAGAUGGAAAUUCUGGCACUUGGGGUACUUGGGGAAUCAGUCCAGCUUACCAGCCAGGAACUCCUGUAGUUAGGCCAUUCGAAGCCCCUACUCCUGGAUCAGGAUGGGAAAGUGCCCCUGGAAAUGGUUUUGGUGAUGCUACAUUCAAUGCUCCAACACCUACUGCUCAACCAAUGACCCCAGUUCCGGCCUCGUAUCAGCCCCAAACCCCUGGUGGGCAGCCAAUGACUCCGGGCAAUGCUGGAAUGGAUAUAAUGUCUCCAGCUAUAGGUGAUGAGGGCGGUAGCAGCUGGCUCUUGCCAGAUGUUAUGGUCAAUGUGUCCAGAGGAGAUGGUCCCACCAGUGGUGUAGUGAAGGAAGUUCUCCCGGAUGGAUCUUGCCGUGUUGCACUUGGGCCAUCAGGCAAUGGGGAUGACGUAACAGCUCUCCCAGACGAGCUUGAGAUCAUCAGGCCAAAGAAGAAUGACAGGCUCAAGAUCAUGAAUGGCUCCUUACGUGGAGUUAUAGGAAAACUGAUAGGAGUUGAUGGGUCUGAUGGGAUUGUCAGGGUGGAAGGCUCGCUUGAGGUGAAAAUAGUAGACUUGGUGAUUUUGGGCAAACUAGCAAUUUGAGAUAGCUCUGCAGUUGAGAUCAGUUAACGUCCACAUAUCUAACAUGUUAGGUAUUUAUCUGAGUAACGAAGUCCUUCCUUGGAAUAGUUUUUUGGGGUCAAAUUAGCAACUUGAGAUGGCUGUAAAGAUUAGACUGAUUGUACUUAAUUCCACUUGUGCAGUAUAUCAUGCAAACUAUUGAUGCAUGUAGAUACUCAGAUGUUAGCUAAAAAUGUAGAUGGUAUGUGAUCUUUCUCUACCUGAAAUGACUUGUUAUCAUUA